CGUUUCCACGCAGUUCUUUGCAGCUGAAAACUCAUAUCAGCUAAAGUGCAGCACAAAGCCAAAGCACAAGGAUGACGGCGAAACGGUAACAUCGUCAUUCCCCAUUGGGUCAAGUGAAGCAGCCACUGAGCCAGCUCCCAGGGAUGCGGUUAGCUACUUCAAUGCUCUUCGCCCCCGCAGCUGAAUGAGUCUUAUUGGGAACUUGUUACAACAUGGACACUCCCCAUCUGCAGAUAUCCGCAGCCCUUUAUGCCUUCUUUGUAUUCCCACUCUCAGGUAUGCGCUCAUGAGUCUCAAACUGUCUUCCUGAAGCUGCCCAAGUACCACUUGACAUUUACACCUCCGAUAUGGAGCAACACACCACCUGCCUAAGUGCCGAGCCACACAACAGUAACGUCAAGGAACACCUACUCCAUUUUCUCGGCUGUAUCGAAUUUUGGGACAGGUCGGCUUUCAUGAACGAUGACGACCACCCUCUGUGGGAGGGUGAAAGACAGCACCUGGAGAGUAUGGGCAAAACUGCUGCCGAGGCAAAAGCCCUGAGCAAAGCCAAGCGCGAGCUGUGGAAGGGCAACUGUAGAAGCGAGUUGCGCCGCAUCGAUUUCCUCAGGGAGAAGAUCAAGGAAGAUAAAGAGGACUACCACCUUGUGCAAAAGGUCGAGGAAAGUCGCAUUGCUUGGAGAAACUCUGACGAAUAUCAAAACAAUCAUAAAGAUGUCCAAAGGUGGCGGGAUAAUAACGACAAAAAGAACGGGCAUCCUCCCGCUUAUUAUGACCCCGCUGUUGAUAUUUCCAAGACGACUUACGUUCCCGAAAAGGAUGUAAGUGUUCCAUUCAUUCAAUUUGAAAACGGCCAGCCAAAGGAAGAGGACGAAGAUAAAAGCGUACCGGUAUGGGGCAGUUUUCCAGAUCAGAAAACGAAUCUCGCGAGUCUUCUAGACCCGGAAAAGCAUGAGAAAAGCCUCCUAUCCAAGGACAAAAAUCCAGAUCGGAUCAAGUACUUCCACCUCCCAUCAAAUAAUAUGAAAUGGGCAGAGGAAGCGGUUGCUCGUUACUUCAACCAAGAUCGUCCCGACUUCCAUGCGAUUCGACGCGACAUACAGAAAUAUGAGAAAACAGAAACUGCGUUGGUUCUAAAAGAGUCCCAUUGGCGCGGCCAACUCCAUGGCGAACGAGUGACGGUGAGCUCACGGUUCAUGCGGCCAUUUUGCGAAAGGGUCUCGUCAAAUGUUCAUGAGGUCGACCACGUGCCACGGAAUGUGGUAUUGUUCAUGCCAUAUCUGCAUUGGGAGACCUCGCGAAAUCGUGAGAGAUUCUCUCAGCAGAUCGAAGAAAUCGUCUUCAAUGACAGAAAAGCAAAGAGGAAGAAGGAGAAAUUAGCAAGAGAUGCACGAAAGAAAGCAAGGGCUGGCCUGACGAAACGAACGUUUCCACCACUUGAAGCUGAAAAAAAGGAGCCUUCAUUCGUCAGACGUGUUGCCAAAUACACAAAGGAGAAUAACAAGCUGAGUGGCAACGAGUCAUCAAGUGAGACAGAAAGCGGCACGGCCAACGAGGAUGAUUCAGAAACCGACGAGAAACAACGAGCUCCAACUCAACGUAGAUUCCGUUCAACAGAGCGAAUCUUGACAAUGGGAACUCUGCUAAAGAAGCUUAAACUACCCCCAAGCCCUCUGAACGUUGACAAUAAGCGACGCGUCGAAGCAAAGAGCGAUCUUGGACAGUAUCUUAUCGAUGCGGCACGGCUUUUCGAAGGAAUGAGCCAUUUUCGUGACAAGAAGCUUCUGCAAUUUAUUGUCACUGAUCCUCCUAUGCACCCGCGGAGGACACUUGACCAAGCGUACUACUGGACGCUGAAUACCACGCGAUCACGGGAUCGAGACCAGGUAGUCUAUCGAGCAACAACAGCACAUGCUGCCGAUUUUCACAGAUGGGAUCCAAAGAAAGGCUGGGAGGAUCAUAAAUCUAAUGCCCAGCGACCUUGCGAUGGAUGCACUGAGAGUAUCAAGAAGGUAUCCCGAGUUGUCAUGGUCGACCAACUGUGGAUGUGGAUACUGGAUGCUAGGACGAUCAUAACCUGCUUUCCAAAACGCUACGGAUCUAACAAGAACGACUCUUCGGGCGUUCAUAAGUCAGUGCGGCGCCGCAUAGCUGAGGGUAGACAUAAGCAAGUGAAAUCCGUCUUCGACUUGGCCCUGAUUAUCCUCGAGGAGUGCUCGAAUACUUUCUUUGACCGAACGAGAACUUCGGACAAGCAACCACAGGUCCUAGAUGCAUUCUCUGAAGCCAUUGGGAACGUUAUGCACAAGCAAACUAUGGCCUUUGAACGCCUUUGGAGAUGGACGGACGAGAUCCGAAAGCAUUAUCGCUCACAGUCUCGUGGGUUUACGUCGGAGAUCCAGUUGCCCUUGCUUGAUAUCAGUCCAGAGGGUGAACUCGAGAAAGAGAUCAAAGACAUCCUGGAAGAACUGGGUAUCAUGAUUUACAUCAACAAGACCCACCGUCAUGUGGUGAAGCAGUUCAUCACCAACGUUGAUCAUAUCCUCGAUCCUGCUGGCGAGUUGGGAGCCAAGCCAGGCCAGGCCGUAGACUUACGCAAAAUGCUUGUCCGUGGGAGCUCAUCUGCCAACGUGUCUUUAUCGAAGCCCCAGUCGCCCGUGAGUGAGAAGGAUGUCUCUGACAAGGAUACAUAUCACUGGUUUAAAGUCAACGCAGACGAGUUGAUGAACAGGAUUAACGACCGCGUCGAGCAACUGGAAGAACUGGAACGAAGCGCAGAGAUUACAGCGGAAAGUGUAAAAGAUUUGUUGGGGCUGAAACAGCAACAAGCUGGUGUCGUCCAAGCCUGGCAAUCUGGAAAACAGAGCGACGAAGCAAUCAAGCAAGGAAGAUCUGUGAUGAUAUUUACUAUUGUUACAAUCGUCUUCCUUCCAUUGUCGUUCAUGUCCAGUAUCUUCGGUAUGAAUUCCAUCGACUUUUCUCCAGAGGGGAAUACAAUGACUCUGCGAGAACAAUUCAAGUACAUGUUCGCCGUCUCCGCCGGGGUUAUCGUCGUCACUCUCGUGAUGUCUCUCAGCAGUUGGGCUCGUGCCAUAUCAUGGUACACUUACAAACGAGCAGUCACGUCUUUAUGUGUCCACACUGGCCUGUACAAGAAGUCUCUUGAUUUCAAAAUACCGAGUCAUGAGUUGUAUACGCAGGCUAUCGAGGCCACGGACAAACUGAAAAACAAGGAGAUAGAGACUCGACUGAGAGAACGACGGCGCCGGCGCCGGCAGGAGGAGAAGGAAGCGCUGAAAAACAAAUCUGAACUCAGCCAGGCGCAAUCCAAUGACAUCAUCGAAGGGGUUAUUCAGUCCAGAAAGCGGUGGGGAAGAAAGUCUGCCACAGGCGAUCCUGAUGUCGAAUCGGGCCGUACGGAAAGUAACGAAUAAUAUUGCGUAUUUCCACAUAUCACAAUGCAUU